AUGUCCGAGUCUUUAAAUCAGUUGGCAAAAUCUGGUGCCUUUCUCAUUCUUCAUGAAAAUUUAGAGCGCUGGGCAUCUUCUUAUCAGACGAACACUUGUGACGAAAAUGUGGCCAUGGGUUGUGAAAUUAUUGAGCUGAAUUCAAGGAUCCAAAACCAGCUUUUCCGCCUUAUAAGCAUUUGUGCUUCAGAAGGUGGGCCUUAUGGGGGUGCAAAUGCAAUCAAACUUCGACUUUUACCACUUCUUGGAUCAGGUAGUGUAUUUUCUGGUCUUGCUGUUGGAAAACAAACAUCAAAUUUUGAUUUGUUUCCAUCUAAGAACUAUGAAUCAGAUAUUUCAAAACAUCCUAGACAAGACAAAUACGAAUUUGAUCUGAUUGAAACACGUAAAGAAAACAAUCGGCUAAGAGAGCAAAUACUUUCAUUGGAAGGGGAAAAUGAACGUCUCAAAACUCAUAUAUAUUAUCCUAAUAAAAACGAGUAUGAUUUUAAUAAAGACAAUUCUGGAUCGCUGAAAAACUUUCCAACUUCAUCAAAAAUGUAUGAAGAAAAAGAUGUUGGACCAUUGUCUUUAUCAGCUCCUUCAGAUCUAACACCGUCUAUGCUAACUGGUGUUAGUCCACUAAGUCCCAAUGAUCCGAUCCAACGAUACAGACAGCACAUUUUGGUAAUGCGUUUUAAUGAAUUAUUUUCAUUGCAUCGAGUUGAAGCAAUGGGUAUUUUAAGGCGUUACAUAGACGAUUAUGAAGCAAGCCAAAAAAUUAUUUUCUAUACAGUUUUGGACUCAUUUCAUGUAGCAAAAUCACAUUUUCGAGCAUUUAAAAAUCGUGUACGUAAACAGAUUGCAGCGAAUAAUUUAAUCACAACAGAAACAUUAGAUGAAUUGGUACAAUCGUACAUUAACAUUCAUGCUAGUCAUUCAGCUGACAUUUCAUUACUUGUUAAAGAUGCAUGUUUAGCUUUGGAACGCCGUGUACCACGUAUUCGCCGACCAUCGCAGAAUCUUGGUUUCGAAGUUAUUAAAGAUUUUCUUUAUGAAACAUGUAAACUUGCCUGGGAAUGUGCUGCUUUGAGUCAUCCGCUUGAAAUUUGUAGACCAGCUUGUGAAAAUGAAUUAAUCGACGAGGCAAAAUAUAGGCGUAGUCAUGAUUCAUCUUACCCAACAUUAUUAAUUCAUCACCACAUAUGGCCAUGUUUAAUGCAAAAUGAGAGGAUUGUUGCUAAAGGAGAAGUAUGCACCAGAGGAAAUUUUAAUUCAUAUGGUUUUGAAAUUAUGUCUUCGGAUAAUCGAAGAGGGAUCGAUCGAUAUCGUGGUCGAAUAUCUUCACGUUCAUGUUCACCAGUACGACCAUCUACUUCGCCUGGUACAAGGAAGCGUCUUCAUUUUAAAAGAUCGCGAAAUUUGAGGAUCAGUUAA